AUGGCAACUACUACGACGACUAUUAGUACCACCACAACUGCAAGUACUACACUUGUUUUCGAUUCUGGUGAUAAUGCAUGGAUGAUGGUAUCAACAGCGUUUGUUUUAAUGAUGACACCUGCUUUAGCUUUUUUUUAUGGUGGUCUUGUUGAUAGAAAAAAUAUUCUGAAUCAAUUAUUUCUAUCAUUUGUUUGUAUGGGAAUUGUAUUUGUUCAAUGGGUUCUAUUUGGAUUCUCAUUUGCAUUUGGUUCACCAGUUAGCGCUGGUUUUGGUUCAUUUGCUGAUUCAGCAUUAAGAUUUGGACAACGUUUAGAUGAUUUUUAUAGUCCAUCUUAUCCAUUAUUAACAUAUGCAGCAUAUCAAGGAACAUUUGCAAUUAUUACACCAGCACUUAUAUCAGGAGCAAUUGUUGGAAGAAUGAAAGUAAUUCCUUAUAUGAUAUUUAUAGUAAUAUGGACAACUUGUUGUUAUGAUCCAUUGGCACAUUGGGUAUGGGGUAGUAAUGGAUGGUUAAAACAUUUAGGAACACUAGAUUUUGCUGGUGGAACAGUUGUACACAUAUCAUCUGGUGUAUCUGGUUAUGUUGCUUCAGCAAUCUUAGGAAAACGUGUAGAUUAUAAACCGCAUGCAUCCAAUGCUCAUAAUAUUCCAUUUACAGUUCUUGGUACUUGUUUAUUAUGGGUUGGUUGGACUGGAUUUAAUGCUGGUUCAGCUAAUAUAGCAAGUGGUUUAGCAUCAUUAGCAUUAGUAAAUACAUAUGCAGCUGCAGCUGCUGGAUUAGUAACAUGGGUUAUAAUUGAUGCUAUUCGUGGUCAGGUAUCAGUAUCUGGUGCAUGUAUUGGUCCAGUUGUUGGUUUAGUUGGUAUAACACCAGCAUGUGGUUUUGUUCAACCUGGUUGGGCAUUAUUAUUUGGAAUAAUCCCAACAAUUAUUAUUUAUUUUCUUCUUCUUUAUAAACAUCAUUCGAUAUUUGAUGAUACUUUAGAUGUUGCUGUGGUUCAUGGUUGUGGCGGAAUUAUUGGUGCAUUUAUGACAGGAUUAUUUUGUCAAUUAUCAAAUAAUCCAGCUGGUGCUGAUGGAGCUUUCUAUGGACAUCCAAUUCAAAUGUGGUAUCAAAUAGCUGGCAUAUUAACUGCUGUUGGUUUUGCUGCUACAUGUACAACUGCAAUUCUUAUUCCAUUAAAAUAUACAAUUGGAAUUCGUUUAUCACCUGAUGAAGAAAUGAGAGGACUUGAUUGGAUUGCUCAUGGUGAAAAAUGGGCACAAGAUGACAAACCAGGUCAAGCAAUAACAACAACUGGAAUACCAGUGAAUAAACGUCAAAAUCCACCAUAUACAAUUCAAAAUAAUUGGAAACCAAAUAGAAUUUCAUCUCGUUCACGAUCUAUUCAUAAACCAAACAGUUUAGGUCAACUUCGAUCAACUAUAUCACAAAGUAGAUAUAAUGCAUCUCAAUCACAAUCCGACAAAAAUAUCCAACCAUCUUACACAUAUAACUCAUCUUUACCAGUUUAA